AUGCUUGCUAUGUAUCGACGUAACAUUGCAACGUAUCUGCGUCGGAAUCAGUUUUCACGUUUGGCCAUCAUUACAGUGAUGUUCAAUCCUGUUCGAUAUCAAACUCGUUACCAACGAUAUCGACAAUUUGCAUAUCAUAUGGCACGUUCAGGUGUCAAUCUCUUUACUAUCGAAUGUAUCUUCGAAUCAGCAACACGAUACGGUUUGCCACCACAACGAUUCGAAGUCACACAGCCAAAUAAUCCACAACAUUUUCAAGUCAUAGCUCCAUCCAUCAUAUGGAUGAAAGAAAAUCUCAUCAAUAUCGUUGUGCAACAACUACCACCUCACAUUGAUCGAAUCGCAUGGAUCGAUGCAGAUGUUGAAUUCGAACGUCUAGAUUGGCCGCAGUUAACAAUGGCUGCUCUUGAUCGAUAUCCUAUAGUUCAAAUGUUCAAAGUUGCUUUCAUGACUGGUGCUGGUGGUAAACGUGAAGUGUUAAAAAGAAAGUAUUCAGUUGGGUAUGCCAUUCGUCAUGGUAAAGCGAUUGAAGCAAAUUAUCCAUAUGGACAUGUUCAUCCAGGUCUGGCUUGGGCAAUGCAUCGAAGUACUUUUAGUGCAAUUGGUGGUCUCAUGGAUUUCUGUAUUGUUGGAUCAGAUGAUUUGCAUUUUGCCUUUGCUUUAUUAGGUCGAAUCAGGGAGACAUAUCCAAGUAAUAUACAUCAAGAUUAUGCUAUGUUAGCGAAGAGCUGGAGUGAUCGAGUUGGUGCGAUAGCUGGAUAUGGUGGCAAUGUUGGUUAUGUGGAUGUGAAUGUUUAUCAUCGACGAUCUGGAAGUCGAAACAGUCGAAGUCAUUUCGGAAGAUGGUUAAUCUUAUCACACUAUGAGUUUUCUCCGAUAAAAGACUUGGCGAGAGAUGAGCAGUCGGGUGUGAUUUAUUUGACAAACAAACGUCGAUUUGAUUUGGAUUUCGGAGCACGUCGAAUCGAGGCGAUUCAACGAGGUGUUGUAAAUUACUUUUUAUCUCGUGAUGAAGAUAAUCGAAGAAUGAUAAUGAUGAGACAAAUGGCAGGAAUGGGUCGAUAUGGAAAUGCAGCACUUGUUGUUCCUCCUCAACAUCAACCUGCGUACCCAUAUCCGUCGAUGAGAAGACCUCCACAAUUUGCAGCACCUCAACGAUAUUAUCAUGGUCACUUCUACUAG